GUAACGGCCGCGAGGGGGCAAUAACGGUCCCGAAGGGGCGGUAACGGCAGCAAGGGGGCAAUAACGACCCCGAGGAGGCGGUAACGGCCGCGAGGGGGCGUAAACGGCCGCGGAGCAGCGUCCGAAAGGCGGCGCCGCCUCGCCAGUCAUGGCCGGUGUUGUCGGCCGCCUGUGGCGGCUGCGGGGCGCCCUCGCUGGCCCCCGCGCCGCGGCCUGCAGCAGCGCCGCCGCCGCGGGAGCCGGGCAGCCGCCGCCGGCGGAGAAGCUCACCAGCAGACGGCAGGCGGACGGCGUCCGCAACAUUAUCUUGAACAAUCCAAAGAAGAGAAACGCUCUGUCACUGUCAAUGCUGCAGUCACUUCGGGAAGACCUCCUGCAUGACAUCAAAAGCAAAGAUCUCAGAGUUAUUGUCAUUUCAGCUGAAGGACCUGUAUUUUGUUCUGGUCAUGAUUUAAAGGAACUGUCAAGUGAAGAAGAUGUUAAGCAUCAUUCCAAAGUAUUUGAACUUUGUGCAGAGGUUAUGACUUUAAUCCAAAAACUUCCAGUACCGGUGAUUGCCAAAGUAAAUGGCCUGGCUACAGCAGCAGGCUGUCAGCUAGUGGCAAGCUGUGACAUUGCGGUGGCAAGUGAGAAAUCCCAAUUUGCUGCUCCUGGAGUAAACAUUGGGCUGUUUUGCUCUACACCAGCUGUGGCCUUGGGCAGAUCUCUUCCAAGAAAGGUGGCAUUAGAGAUGCUUUUCACAGGUGAACCUCUUUCUGCCCAGGAAGCAUUAAUGCAUGGGCUUAUCAGCAAGGUGGUACCAGAAGACAAGCUAGAAGAAGAGACCAUGAAUAUCUCUCAUAAGAUAUGCAAAAGCAGCAAGUCUGUCCUGGCAUUGGGGAAGGCCACCUUUUACAGACAGAUGACACAGGACCUUGAUACUGCUUAUAAAACGACUGCCCAGGUCAUGGUAGAUAAUUUGACUUUGAGAGAUGGGCAGGAAGGUAUUGAAGCCUUUAUUCAAAAACGUAAGCCUGUCUGGUCACAUUCUCUGGACAAGAAGAAAUGAAUCCUGUUUUUAAGCUAAGCUUAGCUGCACUUUGUAAUUCUCCAUGCAGUUGCCUUUGAGAACUAUACUUUUGCUGUUACUGAAAGUAAAACUUCUCUUAUAUAUGCCAAAGCCACAAUAAAUUCUUUGUAAGUAUAUAAUAAGUUAAAAAAAACCAAACCAAAUGGGCCUUUUUAGCAGUGAAAAUCAUCUAAUAAUGUUUAGUAUGUUCCAUGUUACUUAGGGAAUCACAGGGAUCAGAAAAGCACUCAGAUCACCCUGUUCAGUACUUGUCCCCUUAGUUCUAGAUGUGAAUUUCCGUUUGUUAUUAUUAAUAGAGGGAAAAAACUGUUUGGAUUAAUUCCAGAGAGGACAGUUGCACAUAGAUAUAUCGUAACUGAUUCCACUGUUAAUAUUGUAUAGUAUGAUACAGACAAAAGCCUAUAACAGAAGCCGCAUUUCUCCAUAUUAGUGUAGCUGUUUAUGAACCUUCUGUACUAUUUGUUUGUCUCCCUCAGCAAAUGCUGUUUUUCUCCUCCAGUUCAAACAGGUGCUCUGCCUGCUCCAGCUCUACAGGUUUUUGCUGGUGACUCCAGUGAGGCUGAGCAUGGUUUGGGGAGUUGAGUAUUGCAAAGGGUACACUGCAAAAGCCACUGCUUGGAGGCUCCAGCAGAGAAUCUCACCUGGUAGUGUUUAGACCGAGCCAUAACUUUUAGGGUAUGUCUUCAGUUUAUCAUAGAAUCAGAGGCACUUUGGCUGGUAAGUCCAAUCGUGUUCUAAGCAGGACUUUUACCAACGCUGGAACAGGUCAGUCACUGGUUUGAGGUUGUGACAACCUCCAAGGAGGGGAUUCCACUGCCCCUCUGGGGAAGCUGUUACAGUGCUGUGUAACACUCCUGAUGGAAAAGGUUUUUUCUUAAUGGUCAGCCUGAGACUCUGAAGCAGCAGAGUUUGGCCAUUAAUGUAACCUUUGUUAGAUUAUCUGCCAUUAUUAAGAUAAUUUCCGCUCCGUCCUCUUCAUGUCUGCUCUUCAAGUAGUCGCAGGCGGCUUUUAGACCAACCUUAGACUUCUCUGUGCUUGUCUAAAGAAAUCCUUCAGCUCUCCUUGGAGGUCAUAUUCUCUUGGUUAUCAUCUAGGUAGUUCUUUACUGGACCCUUUCCAGUUUCUCAACAUCCCUUUUGCACUUGGUGUACCAAAACUGACAUUAUUCUAAAUAUAGCCUCACCAGUGCUGAGCAGGGGAGAAUAAAAUAAUUCCUUCAAAUGUGCUGGGCACUUUCAGCCAGUCAGUAUUGCUCGGGAUGCAUUUUGCCUUAUUUGUGAUGAGAGUGCACUGUUGGCUCAUACUCAGUUUGGCAUCCACUUUAACCCUAGUUUGCUUUUCAGCAGGACUGCCACUCAGCCAGCCACUUCCCAGCUUGUACUGCUGCACAGAGUUGUUCUACCCCAGGUGCAGAACCUUGCAUUUCUCCUUAGUUUAUGAAGGUCCUUCUUGAUUGAAGCCGCAUUCAGUAUGUCAGCCAUUCCCCCAAUUUAGUAGCAUCUGCAAAUUUGCUGAGGGUAUGAAGAUACUGAACGAUAUGGGCCUCUGUAUUAGUCCAUGCGGAUCACCAUGGGAAGGCAUUUCAGCAAAGAUGUUUUUCUGAGGUUCUACAUAGUCAAAUUGUGAUGCUCAUCCAUUUCAUCCUUAAAUAGGCAUCUAAGAAAGAUCAGAUGAAUCACUGGAUGGAUAUCCCUUUUUUUCUUUAUUGACAGUAAAAGUAGACUAAAGUGCUUAGCUCAGAUUUAGAUGUCUUAAGUUAGGUCAGAUGAAUCCUUAGAACUACUUAAACUCACAAUGUGAAGGUAUCAUGCAUCAAAGGAAUUUUUUAAAGGUAUGUUUGCUCCUGUGUCUUGGUUCCCUGUUUGUGUGUCAGCUCCUUCCUCAGUUCUCUGGAGAGAACCAAGUACCCAAGAAAGAUCUGGGAUAGUUAUCUGCAAGGCUUAUCACUCCUAUGCAGUAUGGACGAGUCCACACCAGCUUUGGCCUCCUUUGCCUUCACAGUGCUCUGCUACUGUCCCGUUAGGCCUCAUACAACACUCAUGUCCAUCCUCAGUAUCAUGCUAUAAAACAUCCUGUUGGCAGGCGUGCCUGUUAUUUCAGGCACUUUGAACUGGAAAACCUCUCCACCAAAAAGUCAUCAUUUUUGUCUCUGGGCCACAAAAGGGCUCUACGGAACUAAAGGACACCCAGGCCAAUUGUUUUACAGUGCAGAUGCAGCCAGUCUGCUGCACAACGGCCUAACCACGAGGGCCUGCUCGCAAAGGCUAUGUUAGUGGAGUCAGCGUUGUGUUGAUGCUCGUGUUACCAGCAAUGGUCUCGCAGCCCAGGCAGGCCACAUCCCCCACACAGGCGUGACGGGCCUUACUCUGUCAGGUGCACUGCUGGGAUCGGCAUGUUGAACAACGCUUUGCUUCUAAGUCACAGUCAAAUUCUGUUCCUCUUUAUACUGGGACAAGACAGGCUAGGUUGUGCAGAAAUGAACCUCUUGCCUUUCUAACUGGCCUAUAUAUUUUAAUUCAAAUCAGUGAUAUCAGUACUCAUUUAUAUGUGUGUAGUCCCACAUUUUCCCCCAUAGAAAGCUGUUCUCUUUUUUUUUUGUCUACAGGCCCUACUCAGCAUGAAAAGAAGGUAAUUUCCAAUUUUCCUUCUAUUUUUAAUUUAAAAACAGGAACUUUAAACUGUAAUUCACCAUUGAAAAUAGUUUGUCUCUAUCAGAAUGUGAAAAAAAUGUGGAUCAUUGGAAAUAGCUGUUUCAAAAAUAUAAACUUCUGUUGUAAUCACUAA